AUGGCCAGACCGUUUUUACUCUUAUUUCUACUAUUCCCGCUCAUAUUCGCUAGUUUAGAAGAAGUGGAGUUGGACAGUGAGGAAGCUGAGAAGGAAAUGGUAACAUUUUGAGCCCUGUUGUUUGCAUUUCACACUUGUUUCAUUGUUAUUAGUGUUGACCAAACGAAUUAGUACAGUAUCCGUGUUGCCUCGAUUCAGCCUGCCCGACUUCGAUCUCUCCGUAACUUCGGAAGUCACCAAGAUGCCAGCAAUGAGGCAGCUGGUUCUAAUGAAGACAACACCGAUAACCCGGAAGCCGCACCGACUGCUCCGUAUCUUUUGAGAGAUUCUUCUGUAGAACAAGAAGAAGAGUGUGUGGCGUUGCCGAACAGAACCAGAGUCAGGCCUUCUUUUUUCCAAUGUAAAGAUGGUGAGAGUACAGGUACUAGGAAAAUGAAUCAUUCUGUUCAUCUUGUCAGACACGAAAUUCGAACUCCAUGGUGGAGCAAUCACAAACGGUAAUGGUGAUGACGCAUAUCCAGUUUCUUUCACUUCCCCCAUCCGUAUCUUUUUGGAUGUAUCCAGCAAUUCUAAUAAGAGGUUUUUGCAACUUUAGUCAAUCUUUCUAAUUGCAUUUGUUUAAGAUAUGACAAUUUGGGGGUUGAGGUCUCAAUCUUCAAACGUUCAACUGGUUGGUUUGGAUGCGGCUGGAUGUUUUUGCCGAGUUUCGGUUUGCUGUGAGCAAUUCGCCGUGUGCACAUCAUCAUAAUAAACAUUGUUUUUGCAGAAGCAACUACGACAUGUGUGACGACAACCCGUCGUGCCCAGUCAGCCCGGGACGACAAGUGAUUGAGUUUGAGAUUGACCCGACAAAGUUGUUCACCAACCUGUUCCGAAUGAUUCACUAUGACUUGGUGGGUACUGAUCAUAAGGUAAACGUGACGGCGAACGUACUGGAAAUCCUUAGUGAUCGAAGAGUGACGGGUGUGCCUCGUCAAUGUUCACAGUCUCUGUUUUCAGUCGGCCUAUCAACUGGUAAUCCGUCUUCGAGAUAAUCGCGAUCCUUACCGAGAGCUGCUGUGUGCUACCAUUCAGACAAGGAUCACUCUGUGA